ACUUAAAAUAUAUUUCACUAAAGUUAUUAUUAUUAUUAUUAUUUGAAGUUGGCUUGGAAGCCAGAAAUGUGUAGUCUUGAAAAUACCUUUGCCUGCUGGUAGAAGGUCAUCAAAAAUAGAGCUAGCUUGCUCUCUUUUUGGCAGAGAGUUCUAGUGAUUGGGGUUUUGGAGGGAUAGGAGAAGCCAUCUAAAAAUUUGCCCAGAGUUGUUUUGGUCAUAUAUUGAAAGCAUACAGUAUACAAUACGAUAUAUUUUAAUGAUAUCUCUCCCCAAACAUUGAUCUACAAGUAUUUGUGAUCUGGGAUCCAUUUGGUGCUAUGUGGAUUGGCCUUAACUCAAUUGAGAUGCGAGCACUGUUGUCAGACAGAUGUUGUUAUUACAGUUGGUUGUGCCUUCAUUCCUUUUGAAGCAUGUCAAAAGUCCACAAGCUUGAUGUCUGUCUGCAUGGUAGUUAGGCCAAUAUUUCUCAACUUCGACAAUUGUAAAAUGUGUGGACUUCAACUUUCAGAAUUCCACAGCCAUACAUGCCUGUCAUUUCAUUGGAAACUGGUUCCCAAUGAAAGAACAAGAACAAAGAAACACAAUCCAGAGUUAAUAUUUGUGGGGUAAAUAGCUGAGCACUGCAAAUAUCUGGUAAGCAUCCUGUUUUAGUGACUUGAAGUGGUGAGUUAAAAACACAUCAAGCUGUGGCCUAUCCUUGGCAGUUACGAACCUGCCUGGACUUGUUCUGAUGUGACUAAAGCUCUGAGUGAUGUCAUCUGGCAUAGCUGUGUGUAAUGGGCAUGUGAAGGCUGCUACUAUUUUUAAUCUCUUUGCCUCUUCUUUAGCAACAUCAAUAUGCUAGGCAAUGCAGGUGUGAAAACUGUUUGGGGAAGCACUAACCAAAUAAAACAGAGACAUGGGCAUUGCAAUUCAAUUGUGUCUUUGAUCCAGAGCUUCUGCAUGGAAAGAUGCAUAUAUAUUCAAAUAAAGGUGGCUUGCCAAAGAGGGAAAUGGGUCUUCAGUUUAUACACUAGUCAAAAAUCAUGCUCGGAGGCUCUCUAAUAGUCUGCUCUUCCUUAAUGGGAUUCAUAACUGAAAAAUGGCAUUAAUGCAGGAUGGCCUUAUUGGACAGAUACAGAAUAUAAACCUUGUGAUGAUCCUUUUGAAUGGAGGAGAGGUAAUCAGCAGACACCAAACUGUAGCUCUUUAUUGGUUAAAGAUAUCAAAUACAUGGAAGUAGUUAAUGCAAACUCCGUUAGAGCCGUGGUGGCGCAGUGGUUAGAAUGCAGUACUGCAGGUUACUUCUGCUGACUGCUGGCUGCACAGCAGUUCAGCAGUUUGAUCCUGACCAGCUCAAGGUUAACUCAGCCUUCCAUCCUUCUGAGGAAACAUGCCUCUUUCUGAGAGUAAAAUCCUUCAACCUUCCUGCAGCAGGAAACUAUGCAGAAAUCUCUUUGGACCAGUUGAUCAUGAACAGCUCCAGAAGGACUUUCAGUCCUUGAUGAAGGUCCAGCAGGAAGAAGCCCAGCAAAAGUGGAACUUUGACUUUGAAACAGAAACCCCACUGGAAGGGAAUUACAAAUGGGAAAAGGUCUCUCAUCUAAAUAUGCUGCCGUCUCCAGAUCUCUUGGGUCACACAAAGGAGAAUAGCUGUACAGGGGAAAAGAGCCGGAGUCCUCCAGCACUCUUCAAGAGGCACACAAAGACAGAGAGACCAGUGCAGAUGGGCCUUGAAGCUUGUAAGGCUGAUUCCCCUAGAUGUUUGAAAAGAAAGCAGACAAGUAUCAAAGACUUUUAUGGUUCAAAGCGACGAACUAGCCCAUAUAAGCCAAAGCCAUGAUAACAACACUGCAAGCAAAGUCCAUCCAUGUAGUCUGCUGGCUGAAGAUUUUGACCUGUCUUUAUUAUUAUUAGCUGGAAUGACCUACUUGGGUACCACACCCAGUGAACUCAUGCAGGAUGGCUAUUUUGAAGGACCAGCUAAUCAGCAUUACAGUUCCUUCUCUGAAGAGCCAGAAAUCUCUUAUUUUAUGUAAACUGUUUUAGUGGACUAGUACAACACUUCAGAAGGAUAUGAUUUUUUUUUUAUCAUUGAUAGCACUGGAUUCUUAUGUGCAAUGAAAUAUUGUAAAAUCUUACCUUUAAAUAUGCUUGUUGCAGCAGGAGGGAUCAUAUCUAAAGGGUCAAGUGUGUAGGGGGCCAGUGUCUGUUUUAUGUGUCAUUUACUUGUCACCUUUUAUGGGCCUCAGGAAAAGCUUGAUAUGAUGACUCACUAUAUGCGGGUGCAGAUCUAGGAAUCAAUAGAAGUAUAGGAUAAUAUCUUAGACUUCGAUCU